AUGGAUUACAUGAACUUAGGUGUCAAGUCCCGUAAAACGGGACUUACAGUCAACAAAACGGUUCAAAAAGACGAGUAUUCUAUGGAGAAUCUAAAUGAUUUCUUUAAAGAUGAGCAAGAUAGUUUCAUUGAUAUGAGACGUAGAAGUCGGAGAUCGUCUAUAUUACUGAACACAAAGAUACGAUCGAAUGCUGCUGCAAGUUUAUCACAGCCAGGCGCCGCUGAAAAUGUAAGUUCGUUCGAUGACGAUAGAUUCAAGAUUGUCUCUAAUAUCCCUGAGCCAGGAACGUCACAGGUUCAACAGGACAGAACUCCUGAUAACGCAGACGUAUACGACAAGAGAGAUUCGGGCCUGCCUCAAGGGUAUGAAACUGAUGAUUUCCCAGAUAUUCAUGCCGAUGGAGGGGAUAUUAUGGAUGAUAAUGAUCCACUUCCCGAUUCUUACAGGACUCCACCAAAGCCUACGAGGAGAGAAAGGCGAUUUAUGAGACAGUUACCGGAAGCCGACGAGAAUGAAGAAGAUGAGGAUAUUUCUGUCCAGCUCACUCCGGUAAGGCGAGAACUGGAUGAUUAUAGAGACGUUCCCGAUCUUAUAAACGAUGCAGACACUACCAGAGAUGAAUCUUUUAAUACAUCAGAAAACGCGUUGUUAGAAGACGAACUCGACGAUGAUUUCCAGCCUGGGAGUGAAGAGGAAGAAGAUAGAGAUUACGUGGAAGGAAUAUCAGGAUUUCGUGAUGCUAGCUCGGAUAGCUCAGAAGAUAGCUCAGAUUACGAUUCAGAAGAAGAUGAUGCUGUAUUGAGCGACGUACGAAAACAGAAAAGAGAUAUUGAAUCUGCAUCUGACGUGUAUGAUUCCGACGAAGAUUACAUUCAGACACAAGCUAAAGAUUUAUUGAAAGACGAAAGUCCAAGUACGGAAGGCGGAAUUCGUAGAUCGAAUAGAGUCAAAGUUGCACCGCUUGAGUACUGGAGAAAUGAAAAGAUCGUGUACAAGAGAAAAUCAGAGAAGCCUGUCCUUGAGAUUGAAAAAAUUAUCACGUAUGAUCAUGAUCAGGAUGAAGAAGAGGAGCAACUACUGAAAAGUAAACGUGCUAAAAAGCAGGUAAUGAAAACCAAGACAAGACCGUAUAACUACAUUCCGUCCGGUAAACCUAGAGGUCGACCACGGAAAAUUAAGCCUGUGGAUGAUCAGAACAUUACCGAUCCAAACGCUCCAAUUAUUCAAGAUAUUCAGCAAGGAACUUAUCCAAAUGCUGAAUGGCUGAAACAAGGUAUUCUUCAAUCAAAGGUCAAUGUUACAGCUGAUGAGAAGAAAGAACAGAAUAUAUUGGCUUUUGCUCCUGGGUUAGCACAAACUGAACAGGUUACAAGCACAAACCAGGAUAAAUUUACUUUAUCGAUUUUAUUCGAUAAACACAAAGAAAGGUUUGCCAGCGGUAUGCUUAAGCUUCCGCUCGAUGGAGAAAAGACCCCUAGUGAUUCACAUAACGCUUUUAUCAAUUUUUUCGUUGUUAAAGGUGUUGUUGAAAUAUCUGUGGGUGAUAACAAGUUUGUGUGUACAACGGGUUCUUCUUUUCAAGUACCGGCGUUCAACACUUACGGUUUUCUCAAUAAAGGAAUGACAGAAGCGCAACUUUUCUUCGUUCAAACAACCGUCCCUGAAGAUUUUAAUGGUGCAGAUGACAUUUUUGAAGAUUCGGAGAUGUCUUCUAAUAAAUCUUCGAGCGAUAUGAGUCUCACAUCUACCUAA